CUCCAAUUGCACUGAGCUCCACAUCGAAAGGACGCUAUGGGUUCACCGAUGAAUCUCCCAUACAAUCCGGCCAAGUUCGGCCUCCUUUUCCCCGAACCCACCGACGUCCAUUUGCAGGAAUCAGUACCCAGGGCGAGCAUUUCUUCAUAACCAGUGGCCAAGGAAAUCCAUGAGACUUUCUCCAUAUUCACCAAAUCCCUCAACCCACCAUGAGAUGUUUUUGAGUUCUUUCUCCACCUUCUCCCCCUCACUCCGCUCGCCGGUUGCAGUCUUCAAGUGCAUUCGAUCCUCUUUUAAAACUACUUCAUCGUUUUCUUCAGCUAGGGCUUGCGCUGCAAUGGCGUCGCUUUCGACUGUUUCUACUGACAAGGAAGCGGAUCAAGAGCUAAAGUAUAAGGAGCAAGCUGUUUCUCCGCAGCCGCAGGUUGCAAAGCGCCUGGAGAAAUUCAAGACAACUAUCUUCACUCAGAUGAGCAAUCUUGCCAUCAAGCACGGAGCAAUAAACCUUGGCCAGGGAUUCCCAAACUUUGAUGGUCCAGACUUUGUCAAAGAUGCAGCAAUCCAAGCCAUUAUAGCAGGAAAUAAUCAAUAUGCAAGGGGUUAUGGAGUCCCUGUUCUCAAUGCUGCCAUUGCUGAAAGGUUCAAGAAGGACAGUGGCAUUGAAGUUGAUCCAGAAAAAGAAGUGACCAUCACAUCUGGCUGCACAGAAGCCAUUGCCGCCACGAUCCUCGGCUUGAUCAAUCCCGGUGAUGAAGUUAUUCUAUUCGCUCCAUUCUAUGAUUCCUAUGAAGCAACUCUCUCAAUGGCUGGUGCAAAAAUCAAAUCUAUCACACUUUGCCCACCUGAUUUUGCUGUCCCUCUCGACGUGCUCAACUCAGCAGUAACUAAAGAAACUCGUGCAAUACUCAUAAAUACACCCCACAAUCCAACUGGAAAGAUGCUCACAAAGAAUGAGCUUGAAUUCAUCGCAAACCUUUGCAUCGAAAAUGAUGUGUUGGUCUUCACCGACGAGGUUUAUGAUAAGUUGGCAUUUGCGGCGGAGCACAUCUCCAUCGCUUCAAUUCCCGGCAUGCGUGAGAGGACUGUGACCAUGAACUCCUUAGGAAAAACAUUCUCCUUGACAGGAUGGAAGAUAGGCUGGGCAAUAGCUCCAAGUCACUUGACAUGGGGUCUAAGACAGGCUCAUGCAUUCUUGACCUUCGCUACUUCAACUCCAAUGCAAUGGGCGGCAUCGGUAGCACUUCGAGCACCCGAAUCGUAUUACGACGAGCUUAGAAGAGAUUACAAUGCGAAGAAGGCGAUUCUCGUGGAUGGGCUUAAGGAAGUAGGAUUUAUUGUUUACCCAUCAAGUGGGACUUAUUUUGUGGUGGUGGAUCAUACUCCUUUUGGAUUUCCAGAUGAUAUUUCUUUCUGUGAGCAUUUGAUUAAGGAGGUAGGUGUUGUUGCCAUCCCAACUAGUGUGUUCUAUCUCAACCCAGAGGAAGGGAAGAAUCUAGUGAGAUUCACCUUUUGUAAGGAUGAAGGUACCUUAAAGGCCGCUGUAGAGAGGAUGAAGGAAAAGCUGAAGAGAAAAUAAAUCAUGGAGCUUGAUGACAUCCAUUGCUCUGCUACAGAUUAAUCUCAGCAGGUAGCUUAAAUUUGGGUUUUAAGAGGGAAGAAAUCAAGGGGUACUUUGUUAAUCGGUAUGGCGAAUUUUAAUUUAUUAAUAUUCUGCUCUUUAAAUGUUUUUUAAUCUAUUGAUAAGAGGUUGUUGAAACAAUUGCAGAGCUUGGUAAUGUCUUUUGAAUCUAAUAGCUUCAUUUGAGCAUAUUUCAAUGCCAACAAAGCUAUUUUAUAGAGGAGAGAUUUUCAUCAUCA